AUGGGAUUGUUUCCCGAUCCUCCCAUAACGCCGAAGCUGAAGAAACGUUUGUUUGGUGGCGGAAGCAGCAGUUCCUCGCGCAACAGUGAAAGUGGCCUAUCCACUGCACCGGGGUGCUCUGACGUUGGCAAUGCGUGUGGUAGCAGCACUGGAAAGUCCCGCGGGAAACAUGGUGAUCGCCGUGACCAGGGAGACCGCAAAGAUCCCUCUAGCAGCUUGUCCAAGUCGUCGACGCCACAGCAACUCUCGACCUCGUGGGAAUUCAUCCGAUCCGUGUCAGCUGACAAUCAGUACGAGGCGGACCGUGAAGGGCUCAACGAAAUAAUCGCCACUCCGCGGUACCUGGAGUUCCUCAAAAACUACCGUGAAGAAGCGGCCGCUACUGCAGCCAACGAAGCGACCCUAGCCGUAUCAUCUCCACGAUACAUCGAAGUUCGCAAGGGUCGGAUCGUGCUCGAGUCAGCGUCCCAAGAACAGCCGCCUCCACUGCCGACCAGAAAUGGCGCCAAGACUGAUCAACAUGGCCGAGAUUCGGUUUUACGAAUCAAUCACGACAAAACGCCCUCCGGAUGUCCGGUGGCCCUACCGGAAGCUGAGCCGGAUGACGACCAGGGUGCUCCACUGGCACCGCUGCCUCCGUCACCGCCCUGUUCGCCUUCAACCGAACGCCAAGGAUACAAUCCAAACGUCUCUUCCCCACAGCGCGAGUGUGGGAAACUUGUGCGGAACACUUCCGGUUCGGGGUUCGGAGAUGUCUGCAAGAACACGGAACUGUUGGAAGCUCGCAUUGCGGAACUAGAAGAGGCCUUAUUAAAGCUACAAGAACGAGUAAACCAAAGUCAAUGUAACUCGCCAACAUUGGAAAAGGAGAUAAAGGAGCACUUAGAAGUCAUGAGCAAAGCAAUGAAGACAAAGGAUCGAAAGUCGAUGCAAGUUUGUCGGGAGCAUAAAACACUUCAGGUGCGCUUUCAGAAGCAAGAGAACAGCCUGCUGGCGCUUCAAAAUGAGAACAAAUCGCUACACCAAAGAGUAAGGCAGUACGAGACGUGUUUGGACGACAUUAUGCGCAAGGUGGUCGAUGCACUCGUGGCGGAGGAUAGCCUACGGGAUGAGGUUGCCAUCCUGAAGGGGCGUGUGCGCGACCUGGAGGCGCAGAAUGCAGCUCUCGUCACCACCCACGCCAGUCCUGCAAAAAGCCGCGACGAAGGCUACUGCACGAUGAGCUCGGGACAACCGCAACCACCAGCGGAAGGACAUCUGGAAGAGCUACCAGAGGAACCCGAGCAAUGGCUGAUGUCGGCAGAACCCUGCACGGCCGAUAUGGAGGACUGGAGCAUGUCCCAGGAAGAGCUGGCUACGGCGCUGGAUGAGGAAAACCACGAGUGGUUAUGGAACUCCAGCUUUCUUACUACGACGGAAACGCAGACUGAAGACAUAACCGCUCUGCUACACGAACAAAUCGUGUACUCUGAGGACGAGGAAGUGGCGUGUACGAAUUUCACCCGUGACUUUUAUCGACUAGUCAGCUUUACAUCCGGCAGUACGCGCAGUUUACACUCGCCGGUGGCCGCUGGCGGCACAAAUGGCGAAGGUGUGGGGGAUCUUAGUGAUUCGAAGGACACAAGUAGCAGUACGUUGGCGGCGGAUGGACCGAGCCCAAGCAAAGACGCCAAUUGCGACAGCAGCGAUGAAGACGACCACGAAAGACUGUCUCAGAGCCCAACACCGAGCGAAGGAGGCCGAGCACAGGUGCUUAGUUGUUCCUCGAGCGAUUCGAGCGACGCGUUGACUGAAAAGCUGCAACCAGCGGCUUCGGUGUCGUUGUCGACCAGCGCGACCACUGCCGCUGAAGACGAAGAUGUGGUAGUCAUCCGCUGCCAGCCGGCCCACAAGAAAGGUGCUCAAUCUCUGCCCCAGUCGCCAAAUCGCCGUCACUUGACUGCGUCGAAACUACCCCAUGAUAGCCACGUUAGAAGUGGGCUAGUGGCAACAAAGCCUCCACUUCCGCUCAACACGGCCGAUCUGCUGCAGGAUGUGCUGAUCACUUGUCGCAGUCAGCUGUCCGGUCAGGGUGCCGCCAAACACGAGAACUCAGCAACUGUACGUUCGCUGUCACCAGCCUCACCGACAUGGCGAAGAAGCACCGGUUGGAAACGAGUACAGCGCGGAAACGGGGUACAUGAGACGCACAUCCCUAUCCCUAUCGGAGCGAAGGACCGACUGAAGUCGCCACCACCGGUGCCGAUCCGCAGGACCUACGCCAGUUAGCCGACCGUCUAUUGCGGCGACUAACGGGUAACGGCCGGACUGAUCUAAUCCAUGGUGCUUGUAACGCCCACGUCCCGCAGACAUGCCCAAGAGAUACAAACUAAUCAGGUAACGGAGCGCAAAUGUGCAUUUAUGCGUACACGACGC